CCCCCCCCCACACGCACACACACACACGCAGCCUGAUCCAUCCCUGCUUCGCGGCGCCCAUUUUCUCUCCUUCUUCCUCCCAGCAUAAGCUGCAGAGGGAAGCAGCUGUCUCCUUCCGAGGAUCAUCAUAGCUACAUGAAGGCUGGAACACUAUAGAAAACCGGGCAAGGGAUCGGGGAGUGACAUUGCUGCAGAAUCCAGAGAAAGGCUUAGUCAUUGACCUGCCAUUGCCGUGAAUGAGGGGAGCCAACUGAUAUCCACGAUCAUGAACUGGACUGCAGCUUUUUGUCCUAAAGAAAAGAACCAUCAACCAUCCCCCGCUCUCGUGCUCUGUUUCCCUCUCUCCCCCUCUAUCUCCAGUGGGCUGUUCCCCGUCCUACCCCUCCCUUUUUUCUCUCUUUUUCUUCCUCUGUGGCGGAAUGUAGCAAGCGGAUGCACGCAGGCUACCCACCAAAGGCUGCAUUAGCAGGCAUUGGAAAAGCACUGCUUCACUGACCUAACUGCACCAGGGGACCAUAGCUCUUAGUGGACAGAUGUGACAGGAUUACUCAGGAGAUUGCUUUGGUGACACAUUGUCUGUCCAUUUCCCUGCUCCCUUUUCAUUUUUUUUUCUGCUUCAACGUUGACUGGAGACUGUUGAUAUAUGUGAUUUUUUUUUUUUUUUUUUUGCAAGGAUUGCAUUGUAUGUUCAAGAAAAGUGGGUAUUGGAUAUAUAUAUAUAUACCACUGGUAAGUGGUGUAGUCCGGGAUGGGGAUCUGAUGAGGUGCUGUAUUCUCCAGCCAAAAGGAAGAGGCUUUCCAGGAGCUGGUGAGCUGACUCAGCGUUAGGAACAGUAGCAACGCAGAGAACGAGCUGCAAAUCAAUUUCAUCCAAACAAGAGGUUUUAAAACGGGCUGCUGUAUAGACAGUAAAUGGAAAUAUUUCAUGAUGAUUUUGUGAAACUGUGGGGCUAAUUCUAUUCAGGAAUUUCAGCACUCGGACAUAAAUGGGAAUGUGUAAUCUGCUUGGGUGUAGCAGGGUCACGGAACGACAACAGGAUCCACAAGAGGAUUAUUGUUUUGUUUUUUUUCAUAAUUAAAGGUUCCUUCAUUUAGCCAGCUUUGCAUCUCUCCUUUCUACCGAGAUGUUACAAUUCCAGGUUUGACACACCUUUGCAGCUGGGUAUUGGACAAAGGAUUAAUCCACCAUUGCGACACUGCCAAAUGUCUGUCUGUGAGGGUGUGUGUGUGUGCGGUGUGUACUGCAUAUCUAUAAAUGCUGGGAGUGAGUAAAUGUCUGUUGCUGGUUUACCAAUUUUAUCUGUUGGAUGGCACUGCAUCUUUUCUUAAUUUCAGUAUUUGAUGUUGACAUCCAUAAUUCCACCUUGCAAAUGAGAUUAACCCAUACUGCACCACUGGCGAGAUGAGUGAGAGUUCUGUGGGUGUCACCUCCGGUGCCAUGAUUCUGGAGGAACCAGAAGAGAGGAGAGCUGGGAGCCACCAGCAAGCUCCGGCCCGGGGGCAGGGCCACCUGCGCUGUGGUCCCUGCGCCCUGUGGCCCCGGCAGCAGACCUGGUUGUGUGUAGUGCCCCUAUUCAUCGGAUUCAUUGGCCUUGGACUGAGCUUGAUGCUUCUCAAGUGGAUUGUGGUGGGCUCCGUGCGAGAUUAUGUACCCACAGAUCUGGUGAAUGCCAAUGGGCAUCCUAUUUUCUUGUCAAAGCCCAGCACCUUCCCAAAGAGCUUUGAUACUACUACCACCACUGCUGUCACUCAUUUAGUCAGCUCCACCAUGUCAUCUAGCACUGCAGCUACCGUGGUGCGAACAAGAACCAGGCCUGGUGCUCACCCAGUGAGCUCCACAACGAGCAGGGGCACUAUGCCAGGCAAACAAGCUACACAAGGGAGCACUACUGUACGCCAUGGGCCUCACAGCCCCGUGGUCACUACCACCAAUGCAGUGGGCACCAACUCCAACGAGGGGACCUCCACUACCAGCUCAAAGACCUCCAACCCAACAGUGCUGCAUGACUCCACACAGCUGUGGACACAUGACCGCAACACCAAGUUGCUUGCCAUCACGCCCACACCCACACACAACAGAAGGACAACACCAUCACCGACUCUGCCCCCUCUGCGCUCCGAGCACUUCAAACAAUGCCAUGAGAAAGACCUGACGUACUGCCUGAAUGAUGGAGAGUGUUUUGUCAUUGAGACUCUGAGCGGGUCACAUAAACAUUGCAGAUGUAAAGAAGGAUUCCAGGGUAUACGCUGUGACCAGUUUCUCCCCAAAACAGAUUCAAUCUUGUCAGAUCCAACUGAACAUUUGGGCAUUGAGUUCAUGGAGAGUAAAGCAGUUUACAAGAGACAAGUGCUUUCCAUCACCUGCAUCACCACAGGGAUCAGCCUACUGGGCACCAUGUGCAUGGCCCUCUACUGCCGAAACAAACGACGCAGGGAAAAGCUCCAAGUCCAUUUCAAGGAAGGCUAUAACUUGAAGAACUACUUGGUUAACGACCCUAGCCAUAAACUCUGCUUGAGACCUCAUGUGAGUUUGCAGCCACAAAAUUUUUGCGGAAACAGCGCUCACAGCCAAGCACACGUAGGAGUGAAGAGUCAGUCCAGUUUUACAGAGGGCAUAAGAGUUCCUUUCACCCAAUCCAAAGACCCGACAGGAAAUCAAAAUUGCGGGGACUCUCUCUCUGUCAGUUCUGAAAAGAGUACUGUUGCUGUCAAUUGUGAGACUCCACCCAUAUCGAGAGGAAUGCUGAAGCCCACUGGGGCAGAGACACAUUCUGGACCCACCUACCAAUAUCUCCAAGAACCAGAGUUCUCUGACAGAGAAGUUGAAUCAGUUAAGGGGCAUAUAGGAAGGCCUAGAAGUUACCAAAGACAGAAUUCUCUUCUCAGCGUGAAGUCGGGUGGUGGAAGUAAGACAGAUGCACAGUCAUGCCAGCUGGACCGAAGCCCCUGCAUGCUCAAGGACUCGUCACCUACCAUCCUGUCCUCACAUCUCUUCUACACCAGCACCGUUCCCAUCAUUCCCUCUGUGCUCAAACAUGAGGAUGACACCUCUUGUAUGCAAAGCAGCAACACGGAUACAGUCAGAAUCAGCUUCACACCACAAGAGGGCACAAUCACAGUAGUCAAGGAACAGCAGCACCCUCCCCCGUCCUUCAGCACAUACCCGGGCAAACAGACCCAGAUGGCACUACUGCUAGAUGAAGCUCAAGAACAGCUCCAAGCGUUAGUCCACGCUCACAGGAAAGACAGCAGUGGUGAUACGGCCACCUCAUGGGCCAGAGAAACGGUCUGCAUCCUGCUGGGCAAUGGAACAAGCUCAGGGGGGUUGGCCUCAAAUGGACCUACUGAGACCCAGCUAUUGAGCUCUAGAGAUACAAACAAAGACUUCUGUCAAUAUUGCAAAUGAAAUGUGGCAGUUAAGGACCUACUGAUAAUCACUUGUGUCUUUAAAAGUCUACAUAAGGACCUGUGUGAAAAUAUGUUUUUCAAUAAUUAUAUAAAAAUGGAAUCAUAAAUGCAUAUGUAUAAAUAUGGGAGGCAGUCUGAAAUGAUAAAAAAAAUAUUUAUUCUUUAUUUGCAUUUAUAUAAUGAAAACAAAUAGUCUGUCAUGACCAUGGUGUUUUAACUGUAAAAAUAUAUAUGAAUAUAUACAAAUAUAUGAAUAUGUGAAAUUGAAAAGGUACCAGGGGGAUAUUGAAAUAUUGUAAAGUUGCUGUACUUUUUGUGUCAACCACACCAGGCUCAGUAGUAAAGCUCAAAAAAAAGAAAAACAAUUAAAGAAUACAAAUUUUCCUCCACUACCUUUUUAUGGUCUAUUCCAGUCUUUUGUCACCCUCUGUCCACCAUUCUCGCCCUGCCCAGCCAAGGAAUAUGCACCCCAAUGUGCUGGUUUUAGACUAGUGUGUUGACAUGUGGACAAGAACACCGGCUCAAUGUAUGGAACAGACCUUCAAUUUGUGGAAUAGUUGGCCAGACCAGUAUUCAAGGUUUUUUGCCUCCAUCUGUUUAGUAUGCUUUGAAGUGGUUUGGGGGUGUUUAUCUCCCUCAAGCACACAGAGACACACUUCUAGAGAUGCAGAGCGCCUAGGCAACACAAUGACAGGCAUCCGUGUCAGUGUUCGGGUGGACUAGUGAGGAGAAAGAUAGCUUUGCCACUUUAUCUACACUAACAACCACAUACCCAAGCACAUCAACAUUCAUUUUGAAACAGAAAACUGAGAGUUUUAAUGAGGUUUGUCAGGCAACCCAGACAUUGUUUAAUAAGAUACAGCCAGUCAACAUGUCAACAUGUCCUGUGAUGACCAUGAUGCUUGGAGGUGCUCUCCUUGGAUUGAAUAAAUCAUGUUUUGGAUAACAAUGGAUUGCAACAUUUUCAUAUUAUCUGGGCAUGGUGGACAUUUGGCAGUUAAAAAAAGUUCACAUUUGUUAAAAUUGAUCAAUUUGUUGAAAUGUUUCAGGUCAGCUCAUGACCUAGUUUGAAAAAAUUGAAAGCCAUGGAUAUUUCCAACCCGUAGCAGAACACUGUGUUGUGAUUUAUUGUAUUCUCUAUUCUCCAACUUUUUGAAACUGUUGCCUGAAACAAAGAGAUAACAGCUGUUCUGAUUGUUUUAGCUAAUUAAAACAUUAGAAACUUUCAUAUAUGUAUCAACAUUCCUUCAUAUCCCAUUUGCAGUAUUUCAUAUUGUGUGUAUACCAUUAUGACUGUUUUCAUUUAAGGUUAUGGAGGUUAGUGUAUAAGAUGUUUAAUAAAACUUUAAUGUUUACAAGAUGUA